GUCUGUAGAAAAAAAAUGAAGUCUGCCUAUCUCCGGGCCAGAGCCCCUCCCCUCGGCCCGCGCGGGAGGAGUGUGACCCAGGUGCCGCUUCCUCUCGCCGCGGAGGGUCAGGAGCCCGGGAGCGCGACCCUCCCCCGGCCCGGCCCGGCCCGGUCCGGCCCUUUCCUGCGGCCUCUGCCCGGGCUGACGCCCAGGACCGUGGGCGACGAGCAGCCCCAAAGGCACGGCGCAGCCGCUCGGCCUCGUAUCCUGAGCCAUGUUCCUCCUCUGGUGACUGUAGCCCUGUCUCCGAGACUAGACAUGAGGCUCCACUCCACAGACGCCACCUCACUUAGCCCUCUGGCAGCCCCGGGGAGGUAUUUUUAUCUCCAGUUUGCAUGUGAUGAACCGAAACUAGCAAGAAGAUGUGACUUCAGAGAACCUGCUAGCCCCUCACACCCCCUUCUCUUCCACCUCUACACGCAGGGUCUCUGGAAGGCUCAGCCAGGGCCUGACCCCCCGACGCAGUGCUCAGAGCCCACAAGGCUUCCAGAGGCCCACAACAGUGUUAGAGCUUCUUUAAAAUCAGAAGGAAGGAAAUGAACCUUUAAGAGCAAAUAGUACGUUUGCCUUUAUACCAAUGCAGCCAUGAAAUAUGAUUUCUCAUAUUUGGGAGGAGAAGGGACCCAUAAAGUAAAGCACCUUGGCCUGUGGAAGUCACCGGUGACCUGAGUUCAACCCAUUGGAGGCUGAGGGGCCGGAGCCCACUGCCUCUGCUCUCCCUGCCUGAAUCUGCCCCUGGCUCCCGGGGCUCUGAUCCUCCUCUGCCCUGGCAGUCCUGGUUCCCUAGCAGUCCUGUCACCGCAGGGCUCCCUGGGCUGGACAGCUGCAGGGUCAGCCUCUACCUCUCCCUGUGGGACUUCACCAACACAGCUGGAGGAGAUGCUAGGGAGGCUCAGGGCAUGCACUACUUGCGGUCUCUCUCUCUCCUCUCUCUCUUUCUCUAUCUGUU